AAGAUGGCGCGGACUCGGCACACAAGUUGAUCUUGUUACCAUGUAAAAUGCAUUGAUUAGUUCGGAGGCUAUCUUUCUGUAUAUAUUCUGUGGUGUCAUCGCCAUUUUGUUUAUUGCAGUUUGUGCUUUGUCAUUCUUGUCACUUCACUUUUGUCUCUGUCAGCGUCAGUUCUUAAUUUUGUGUAAGGAUUUAAAGUUAAAUUAUUGUUUCCAGCAGCUUGAUCAAUCACACGAUCUAGAGUUUUUUCUAUCUGGUUCACUAAGGAUUAAAAAUGCAGAUUUUUGUGAAAACCCUGACUGGCAAGACCAUCACUCUUGAAGUCGAGCCUUCUGACACCAUUGAGAAUGUGAAGGCGAAAAUCCAGGAUAAGGAGGGAAUUCCACCUGACCAGCAGCGUCUGAUCUUCGCAGGAAAGCAGUUGGAAGACGGUCGUACUCUGUCCGACUAUAAUAUCCAGAAGGAAUCAACUCUCCAUCUCGUACUCCGUCUUAGAGGAGGAAUGCAGAUUUUCGUGAAGACCCUGACUGGCAAGACCAUCACUCUUGAAGUCGAGCCUUCUGACACCAUUGAGAAUGUGAAGGCGAAAAUCCAGGAUAAGGAGGGAAUUCCACCUGACCAGCAGCGUCUGAUCUUCGCAGGAAAGCAGUUGGAAGACGGUCGUACUCUGUCCGACUAUAAUAUCCAGAAGGAGUCCACUCUCCAUCUGGUGCUGCGUCUCCGUGGUGGAUUUUAACAUUUCUUUGAGUCAAGCUGCUAAUUCUAAUCCAUUCCAAAUCUACAAGUAACUUUCAUCAUUUUUCUUUAGUUUUUUCUUGCAUUCCACACUAGUACUUAGUUGGACUCAAAUUCUCAGUAAAUUUUUUAGUGAUUCCACUAUCACAAUUUUCAUAUUUUAUAAUUUCAAUAAUGAGUUUAUAUUUUGAUCAUUCUAGCAGCUUCAAAAUGCUUCCUUAGUAGUUGUGAAAUUUAUCAAUUUUGCAUUCAAUAAAUCUCUUACUAGAUAAAU